AAAAUCGAGUUCGAUGUCGUCCGCUUGGUCGACCCUGAGACGCAUAAGCCCGGAGAUCCCCAGUCACUGCCGGACCUCGUCAAACUGUACAAAGCGGAGAAGAAAUACUUCGUCGAGCUCGUUGCGUUGCCUUCGGAAAUGACAGGCGGCUACCCGCUCGUGAAGCUCGUAGACAAGAAAUUCAAUACGGCACGGGAGAAAGUGGCGAAGCAGAAACAGCUCAUCUCGCGCAAGCAGCAAGAGCAGAAGGAGAUCCAGCUCACGUGGAGUGUCGCUCGCGGGGACUUGGAGCACAAGUUGCGGAAGGUGCGGGAUGAGAUUGUGAAGGGGCACCGUGUCGAUCUUGCGUUCGCGCCAAAGAAGAAGCAACAUCCUCCACCAAUACACGAGCAGGAGGCGAUGGUGAAGGAGUCGCUCGAGGUGCUUCAGGACGUGGCGAAGGAAUGGUCACCGCGGCGUGCAGCGAAAGGUAUGCUCUUCGUGUACCUCCAGCACAAG